GACGGUCACACCGAAAGCAAACGUGAAAAAGUGAGACGGUUUAUUUAGUUUUUAUUAUUAAUUCUGGCACGACGAGAAUCGUGGAAAGGAACCGUUACAUUGCGCCAACGAAAGAGAAGGAUAGAGAGAGAGAUAAGCGACAGCAAACAAAAACAAAAGAGGAAAUCGAGGGGCAGGGAAAUCGAAAAGCGACAGAGAACCCAAAGAUACACAAUCCACAGACAGUUUUGUCGGAAAUUCAAAAUUACAGUUGAAAAUUCUUUGGAAUCGGAUUGGCAGCCAAACCGAGCCGCGCCCCCCACCGCCGCCCCCCGCAGACGACGACAUGAACGCCCUGCUACGUCACAAGGGACGCAACCUGCGAACGAGUCACCUGGCCCAGAAUGUCUACAAGCGCUACCUAAAAUCGAGCUGCUGCGCGUGUAGCUCGACCAACUUCACAGAUGGACCCGCCACAGUGGACGAGCGGCCCCGGAGGUCCGCUUCCACAUCGGUGCUAGAGGUCAGCAGAUCGCUGGGCGCCCAGCGGAGGUUCCAGCCGCACGCCAGCUACGGCUACCACUACUCCGGCCAUGGGUUCAGGCAUCUGCACGCCAGCCGGACGAUGUGGGAGACGUCCAGCUCGAAGAUCGACGUGACCGUCAAAAAACUGAAGAACCAGCAGAAGGAAAAGGUCGAGGAGAUCAUGAAGGAGGUAGCCAAUGGUCAGGCGGCGGCCACUGCCAGCAGUGCAGCCGCUACGGCCACAGCCUCCGCAGAGAAGGGAAGUCAGAAGGCUACAGCGACGACUGGCUCCACAUCGGCGACCGCAUCGUCGACAUCGCUGGCCCAAACGGCGGACAAGGCGGUGGCCAAGCCGAAGAAGCCGCUGGCCACACGCAUUUGGGACGAGCUGGUGCACUACUACCACGGCUUCCGGCUGCUCUCCAUCGACGUGGCCAUCUGCUCGAAGCUCCUGUGGCGCGUGCUCAACGGCAAGACGCUGACGCGGCGCGAGAACAAGCAGCUGCAGCGCACCACCUCCGACCUGUUCCGCCUGAUCCCCUUUUCGGUGUUCAUCAUCGUGCCCUUCAUGGAGCUGCUGCUGCCGCUGUUCAUCAAGUUCUUCCCCGGCAUGCUGCCCUCCACGUUCCAAACGUCGACCGAUCGCCAGGAGAAGCUGCGCCAGUCGCUGGGCGUGCGGCUGGAGGUGGCCAAGUUCCUGCAGCAGACCCUCGACCAGAUGCCCGUGCAGCACAAGGAGCACAGCAGCGAGGAGGCCAAGCAGUUCGAGGCCUUCUUCACCAAGAUCCGCAAUCCCACGGAGGCGGUGAGCAACGACGACAUCAUCAAGUUCGCCAAGCGAUUCGACGAUGAGAUCACCCUCGAUUCGCUCUCCCGGGAGCAGCUGGCGGCUCUCUGCCGCGUCCUCGAGCUAAAUACUAUUGGAACCACCACGCUGUUGCGUUUCCAGCUGCGCCUGAAGCUGCGUUCCCUGGCCACCGACGACCGGGUGAUUGCCCGCGAGGGAGUCGACUCGCUGGACCUUUUGGAGCUGCAGCAGGCGUGCAAGGCGCGCGGAAUGCGGGCCUACGGGCUGACGGAGGAGCGACUGCGCUUCCAGCUGAAGGAGUGGAUCGAUCUCUCGCUGAACGAGCAGGUGCCGCCCACGCUGCUGCUCCUCUCGAGGACCAUGCUCAUCUCCGACGACAGCAUCACCACCGACAAGCUGAAGGAGACGAUGCGCGUGCUGCCGGACGCAGUGGGCGCCCACACUCGUCACGCAAUCGGCGAGAGCGAGGGCAAGGUGGACAACAAGACCAAGAUCGAGAUCAUCAAGGAGGAGGAGCGGAAGAUCCGCGAGGAGCGCGAGGAGGAGCACGAGGAGACCAUCGCCAAGCGAUCGGCCAUCAAGGAGGAGAUUCCCGCGCCCUAUGUGUUCGCCGAGCAGCUGGCCAGUGACCAGAAGAAGGAGCAGGCCUCGGUGACCGAGACGGACAAGGGCAUCUCCUCCACGGAUGUCCAGCUGCUGUCCGACGCCCUGAAGACCCUGUCGUCCGACAAGCAGCUCGUGGUCGAGAAGGAGACGAUCAAGGAGCUGAAGGAGGAGCUGGCCGACUACAAGGAGGAUGUGGAGGAGCUGCGCGAGGUGCGACAGGUGGUCAAGGAGCCGGUGCGCGAGAGUCGGGCGGCCAAGAUGCUGUACAACCGCGUGAACAAGAUGAUCUCGCAACUGGACAAUGUGCUCAACGAUCUGGAGGCCAGGCAGAAUCAGAUCAAGCAGGCGGACUCCAGUGACUACGUGGCGCCCGCAUCCGCAGUGGAACCCGAGCAGAUGGUGCACAUCGACGAGCUGGUCUCCACCAUCAAGCGCAUGAAGGAGGCCUCCGACGAGGAGCGAUUCAAGGUUGUCAGCGAUCUGCUGGUCAAACUGGAUCUGGACAAGGACGGCCUACUUUCCGUGCAGGAGAUCACCAAGGCGGUGCAGAGCAUCGACAGCGAGGCCACCAAGAUCGACAAGAAGCAGCUGGAGGAGUUCACCGAGCUGCUGUCCAAGCAGGCGACGCGGCGGCGCAACGAGGAGAUGCUGCGCAUCGACGAUCUGAUGAGCAACAUCAAGGUGCUGAAGGAAACCAGCGACGAGGCGCGUCUCAAGCACAUCGAAGCUGUCCUGGAGAAGUUCGAUGCCGACAAAGAUGGCGUGGUCACGGUUAACGAUAUUCGGAAGGUCAUGGAGUCCAUUGGUCGUGACAACAUCAAGCUGAGCGAGAAGGCCAUCGAGGAGCUCAUCAGUCUGCUCGACAAGGAGCAGGUGCUGCAGGCGGAGCAGAAGAUUGAGAAGGCCAUUGCCAAGAGCAUGAAGGAGGCUGAGAAAUUGAAGUCUGAGGUGGACAAAGUGGACAAGGAUUUGGCCAAGCUGGUGAACGAUAUUCACGACUCGGCCAAGGAGAUUCAGGACAUUGCCCAGGAACUGCGCGACAAGGAGGAAACUGUGCCGGACAAAGCUAAGGAACUGAAGGCGGAGCCCGCUUUUAAGGAUACGGCCAAGACCUUGAAGGACAACGCAAAGAACCUGGACGAAGCGGCGCCAAAGGACUCGAAAGUAGAUCCCAAAACGCCUUCUACAAAGGCUUCGGCUGGAGACGGUCCAACCGGAAAGUCCGGCGGUGGAGGAGCCAGUAGUGGAGGAGCAGGUGGCGGAGCAACGACGGAAUCGGCGCUCCGAGAAGCAGCCGAGCGGCAAAUGGAAAAGAUCCUGCCCUCCACCGACAUUGGCCUGCCACCGACGAUACAAACACCACCGCAACCGCCGACGUCCAAGAAGGCGACGGCCACGGCAUCAUCGACCCUGUCCACGACGAUCACGGCCAAGAAGCUGCUCUGACCGAAGUCCCAGAAGUCCAAGGAGGCAGCGGCCGAGACAACUAAGCGUGUACCUAAGCCGAAGUGAUGUGUGAUGAUGGAGUAGAGGGGCGGAGGAAUAGGUAGUUGCUGCUCGUGUGUCCCCCUAUAUUGUUCCGACUAUGCAAAGAUUUAAUUGUUACCACUUAACGUAAACGUAGGGAGAGCAAAUCGAAACGAAAAUGCGACUCUGUAUUUAACUGAACCCGAGAUCCUUUCGCAGGAUCAGGCUCAGAAUCUGGAGAGUGUGCUAUACUUAACGCGUGGCUGUAGUACGGUAUCUUCUCUAAGUAAGGCACAAAUCAGAAACUAAUAGAAAUACAUAAGAAUAUACCCACUUAACCAAUGUAUCUUGAUUUCCAACGCCCUAGUUUUACAUACCCUUCACUUGGCCCAAAAAAAGAAAAUAUUAGCGAAGCGAUUGUGAUCAUUAAGCGAAAUGUUAAUUUACCAUUUAUACCCUCCUCUAUUGAUAUGUAUUUUCAUCAUCAGUUUUUUAGGCAUUACGAUAUAUUGAAGUUGAAUUGAAACCACGUGAUAACUCUAAACAAUAAUGUGUGUGCUUGAGUUAGCUAAAAAGGGAAUUUGUAAAAGUGUUUCGCAAUAAAAGUUAGUAUAAAAACCA